AUGUAAAUAAAGCUUAGAAAUUAUCAUUAUAAUGGGAGUAUAUUUGAUUGCAAAAUACCUCAAUUUAAGAUUCGAAAAUCGAACUAAGUUUAGAAAAAACUAAAAACAUCUCCUUAAAAACAUUAUUACGAAAAAUCUGCAGAAUCUUCAUUCAUUAAAACAAAUGAAAAUGAAAAAAUCAAAAUAAUAAACCUGAGCUUGGAUGUGCAAAAUUAAAAUUAUUCAUACAAAAAGCCAAUUCUAUAGAGUUGUAGUAUUAAUGAGGAAGUUUUUAUCAAUCCCUAAAAGCCUCUCAAAAUAAUUCAUAGAUUUAUUCCAUAGUAGUUUAAAGACCAAGAAAAAAUGUUAUUGUUAGAUCGCAUCAUGAUUGGCUAGCAGUUUAGAAGGUUUUCUGAAAGAUUAAAUGAUUCGCACAGAAGCAAAGCCAACUCUUUUUUAAAAUAAUAAUAAUCAAAACCAAUUUCAAAAGACUUAGAUAUUAAACCUAAGGGUUGGACUAAUAGUAGUUCUCAAAGUCUCUUAUGA